AUGAUGCCAAUUCUGUGCCAAGCCUCCACUACCCUCUACUGGUUCGAUGAUGGCUGGCCCAGACCGUUCUUGGUGUUUUCUUGCAAUAAUGCCCGGCGCUACUGCCUCAUGCCCAGAGGGAAUCACAGUUGUCUCUGCAACUACCACUCUCCCUACAAAGGGCUCUCCUGCACUACUGGUGCGUUUUAUUCUCUCACCAUUUAUGCUCCACUAGGAAGUAUCCCUAAGAUUCCUUCACAUCUCAUCUCUGUGAUGAUUGCUCUUACUGGGUUAGUGGUCCGUCCAAUCUGGACAUCCACCCACGCUGUGCCUAGCACAGGGAGGGGACCUCCACCCACCUGCCUGACCUGCACCUCUACCUUCUCUUGUCUCUGCUCCUUUGAAAAAUGCUGUGUUUUCGGUAACCUGACCGACCCAACAGUAUUCCCGAAAGGCACUAAAUCGGGCAUUGGAACUGAACAAAAGAAGAGUUUGAGAAACCAAGAAGAUUUUGAAGAGCAGGGAGAUUACAGAAACGUUGAUGCCACACCUGAGGUGAAGACCUUCAUUGCCAAGAAACUUACUUCCUGGCUGGAUAGUUCCAUAUCAGUCAUUGAUGGACAGACAUCAGGCGGCUCAACUGCAGUGGCCGCAGUGGAUAAUCCUGAUGAUGAUUUCCAUCUGUUCUCUACCUCAAAGCUUGGCCUCCCAGUGAAGGAGGAAUCCCAGGCUGUUAAAAGGAAACAGCGCCCUCCAUCAAGCAGUAGUGACAGUGACUCAGACGAAGAGAGAGCCAAAUUGUCUUCAGUGGCCGUCUCUUACGAUCAAAUCCUGCAGAGCAGCAGCAGCUGGCAUCCGGAUUCGCAAGACCCCCAGGUGACCUCUAACCUUUCACCUACUAACCCACAUUCAACUCUGACCCCUGCCGAAUCCUCACAGUCGAUUCCUUGCAAUGCACCACGUGAUUCUGAACCUGAAAGACACAAGGGACUUGCGGAGGGAAUCGGCAGUGAAACUGAAUUGAAAAAGAAGAAGAAGAGGAGGAAGAAGAAGACAAAGACAGAAACAACUUCUAUUUCUGAGGCCGUGGAAAAAUUGAAUGAAUCUGGUUUGCCAAAAGUGAUUGAAAACAACCAAAGCGAAGAAAAGCAUAAUGGACAACAACCAAAAGAUUUUGAAAAUGGAAAGGAGGUGACUUCUGAACAAUCCGAACGGAAAGUGAAGAAGCGGAAAAAGAAGAAAAAGAAAAUGGGAAAGAGCCAAGAUACAGCACCACAAACGAUUCAUGGCGUCGAUUCUGAAACGUCUCUUAGGUGACAGUGCGACAAUUCACGGAGCAAACCUGUUGAACAGAAAAUGUGAAAAGUUUGGCUGUGUAGGCUGCUGUGAAAGAUCUUACUGUGUUGUGCAGAAUUUUUUUUUGUUUUUGGAACAACUCAAACUUUUGAACAUGCUUGGUUUUCCAGAAAAUUCCUUUUGGGAAAAAAAGUUUCAUUAUGGAAGGAACCAUGUUCACGAAAUGUUUCAUACUGGAUAAAAAGUGUUAAGGUACCCGUGCUCGAAUCCCAAUAUGAAUAUUGUAGGGAAAAAAAUACAAUUCUCAAUUGAGAGCUCAUGGGUUACAGUAACUAUUCCCAUGGAAAAAGGUUGCAUUGCCAGAUUGCUCACAGAGAGAGGAGAGUCAUCAAAGUCAAUCACAUGUCAAUCACAUGUCACUCACAUGUCAAUCACAAGUCAAUCACAUGUCAAUCACAUGCCAAUCACAUGCCAUGUUCAAGUCAUUUAGUAUAAAAGUCAAGUAUACUGGUAAUUUAAAACAUGAACUCUGACAGAACCAUAUUUUUAAUUCCCAGUGUCUGGUGACCUGACUUGUGUGACUUUUUAUUGACUGGUGAUUGACAUGUGAUUAACGUACUUGUGAUUGACUUUUGGGUUAUGCCAAAUAUACAGACAAACAUUUUCUUAAUUCAGAUAUUCGAAAAAUUUAAGUGAUCCCCAGGAGACGAAGAAAAUUGUAUAAAUUAUCAAAUGCCACACCUUUGUUAUAAGCCAUUUUCAGGCAUGAUUUGAGAGCUUUCGUUAGGAACUUUAUCUCAAAUAACAUCUUUAAAAUCGGUCAAAUAUCAACCACUGCUACCUGUUCUUUAUAUUAUUGAAAUAAGGCGUUUGUCAAUUUUUUUGACAAGCGCAGGCACACAAGCAAAUCCUGUUUGGUGGCCAAUUUCGGUUGGCGCAUGUUUAACUUGGUCAGUACAUUUCAAAAUCAAGUAUUUGAAUAUCAAAAAUCCAGUUUAAUAAUAAAGGAGAAGGGAUAAAACCCCCCAAAAUACCCAGCGGCCUCUUUGAGAUCGUCUGUCAUGUCUGUCAUGUCUGUGCUGUUCCGUUGUCAUCGGUUAACCUUAUUUCAAUAGCCGAUCUCUGCAUCUCGAUAGUCCACCUCGUUCCAACGGUAGAUAAAUGGGGAGAUCGCGUGAGUGACUCUUCGAGCAUAUGGGGACGAGGUUGGGUUUAGCAUAAAUAUUGAAAUAGACUUCAUUACAAGUCGGUAAUGGUUGGGUGUUUUUUGGUACAAUGCGCACAGGCCAAUAUGGCAGUACAACAGGGUUCGGUAUAUCAGUGGCGCUCACUCAGCGGUGAAACCAGGCUUGAAUUGAAGACUAGUGCAGCGCUGACAUGUUUUGUGCGAUAAUCUUGGCCACCAUCACGCGUGUAUUUUUGUGUGAGAUCCCGCCGCAUCUACAAUACUUUUGGACACAGCAAAAGCUUAUCAUAACAAGGCUGAAAUCACCGUUCUAUACAUUGAUUUUUUUUUAAAUAUAGUGUCAUAGAAAACUGAAAAAACCUUGUGUAAAGUUUUGUGUGCUUGGCAAUUUUCUCUUCUGUUUCAACUACAAAGUUGCAUGCCGGAAGCCUGGAAAAGCCAUUGAAAACUCCUGAGCUGGGAGAGCAAUGAGCAUUGACCUAAUAAAAUAUCUGCUUCAUUUGAAGCAUUACUUUGUACUUAAGUGUAUACCAUAUAUGGUACAGUCAUUCAACAUUUAAAAAUCAAAAUUGAGGGCGGAUGGGUCAAAACAAUUUUCGAAAAAAGAUUGAAAUUUUUAAACAUUGACUUUUCUGAAUGCCCCCGAGAAAUUGUUUGGCGAUGCACAUCCCUACUUGACUUGUGAUUUGGCAAAAGGUUGUGUUUUGAACUGAUAGUGGUCAGUCAAUCCCAACUAACCAUGUGUUCCCUUCAACAUACAAAAUGUGUCAAAUUUUCAAAAUAAAGUUGCGAUCGCCAUGCUAUUUUCGAGUUGCAUCCAGAAAAAUAGAUUCCUUUUCUAAAUUGCUAUUUUUUCUAGCAAUGCAGAACUUAUUCACUUUGAAUGAGACAUUGACCCAAAAAAUUGGCCCAUGUUUUUAGUUAUCAAAUUAGCACAUAAUAAGUUUGAAUUAUUGGCUGCAAGGCAAUAUAUAAUUCGUUCUCGUGGAUAAGGCUGGUUCCCGCCCCACGAGUAUCAUCAAUCAUGUACAGACUGGGAGCCAGUUUGCUUGCAAAGCAGAUCUGUUUGCACCUGAAACCAAACCCUUUUUUCUGAGGGUUGCAUAUGUCCAAAAAGGAAAAAUGAGGGUUUUUGGGGUUGUAAAGAAACAUACAAGUUACAACUUAUAAAUAUGAAAAAAAAAUAGAAUUUGAAAAGCACGGGGAAUGCAAUUUAAGGAUGCUUUAGAAUCUAUUAGAUUAUUGAUGUAUCCGAUACUAUCUUGAAACUUCUCUUAACCAGUUCGCGCUGGAUGACGUGACUACCCACAAAGAUUUUGUGGUAUUCGGAACGGAUGACGGAUAAAGCACGCAGGGACCGAGGCCGGAAAUAUCUGUCAGCGACCCGGUCGCAGCGAGCGAGGCCAUAAAUAUGAGUGUGCUGCAUGAGGGUGAUUGCUUCAACCCGCCUGGCUUGAGUUCGAGCGAAAAGUAAUCCUGGGCCCCGUUCUGUUCUUGUCAAAAUAAUCCCAGCGUGAACUGGUUAAAUUACAAGCAUUGAACUUGACCGCGACACUAAUCAGACAAAAUGAAAAUGUCCACCACCUUCAGGAUUUCUUUUUUCUCACACUUUUUAAUUUCAAGAGAAAUGCUUAGCUCAAUAAAUAUAUGUACAAAGAAAAAGAAAAAAACAUUUGCAUAUAAACAAUUUUUGAUUCUUUUACAUGUAGUCAUCAUGAAUGUAUUUUUUGUUAAUCUUUAUAAAAUUAGCAUAAAACAAUGACAUGUAAUUAUCAUAAAUAGAUAUGAAUCACAAUAAAUUACAACUUUGGCAAAAAUCAGAUUUCAAUUUUUGAGUGUGCAUCUGAAGAAAUCUUUUUAAUUAAAUAAUUACAUCUUUGGCAAAAUUUGCUUAUUAUUUCAUUUACAGUACAGCAAUAUGACUUAGCAAAAGUCAACUUCUCUGCUUAUCAGAUUCUAAACACAGAACCCUGAUUUUUACAAAAACGCAGCUAAUCCCAUUGAACUCAGGGAAAAAAUAAGAAACAAAUCACAUUUUUAGUGAACAAAAUUGUAUCGGAAAGGUUAAACAGAAAAUGCUCGGAAAAAAAGUGAGGUCGUCAUGGAAACCAGGUAUAAAAGCCCAUGUGCAUGCUUUGAUAAGCAGUUUUUUGUCAUAGUAAUUUUUCAAGUUUUCUAAACUAGAAUGAGCUAUUUGUAAUUAUUUUAACCCUUUUUAUCCAUCCCCCAAGUUGUUUUUUGCUAAGUAAAAUUUUCACUGAAAUGUGCAUGUAACUUGCUUUUAGUUUUUAGUAAAGUUCCUUCACAUCUUGAAUGUUUUUCAGGAAAGACAAAAUAUGUUUUUUUCAAAAAUUGGUAACUAUCCACCAAAAUUAGUUUUACUGAUACUUUCAUCUGAGUAAAAUAUCUUUUCAUUGAUCUUCAGAAUGAUUAAAUGAUUUGACCAGUCAUGGUCACCAAA